AUGAAAGAGGACCUGAGGACAAUCGGCGUGGAUAAGCAGUUCAGACGAGACGUAGUGUUUUGCAGAAUAUGGAAUAGCGACGAAUGGAUUGAUUCUGUGCAAGCUCUCGCAGAAGAUCGAGAAGGCGAUGACAUCAGCCCGCCGAUUAAGUCAAGUGAGUCACCAACGCAAGUCAAAGUUAUGGAUAACUGGCUUCGACUUCUACUCGCCUCAUUGACAGUGUCAUUGUCUGUUUUCUAG